AUGCACCUUACCAAAAUAAUCUUGCUAAAAAACAAUCCUGUCGAGUAUCAAACAGACGCAACAGCUCAGAAUUCCUACAAUGGAGAUUAAGGAAGAAAACGAGUCAUCUAGGAACAUAAUUGACGAAGAAAUUCCCUUACUGGUAGAAUCGACCAUACCCGAAGUACAGAAAAACCUCAUACAAAAAGCCAUUAGUCAGACAUUUGUAAGCACGGCCCACCUGGCCAAUCUUCUACCCACCGGCUCAGUGCUUGCUUUUCAAAUUCUGUCACCAAUAUUUUCAAACCAAGGUGAUUGUGAUGUAGCGAGUCGAUCCUUAACUGCUGGUCUGGUGACCCUCUGCGGAUUGUCAUGUUUUUUAUUGAGCUUCACAGAUAGCUUCAAAGACUCAAAGGGGAAUGUCUGUUACGGGUUUGCCACGUUCCGUGGCUUGUGGAUCAUUGAUGGAUCAGCGAAUCUACCACCUCAAGUGGCAGCAAAGUACAAGCUGAAAUUUAUAGAUUUUGUCCAUGCCUUGACGUCAAUACUGGUUUUUGCAGCCAUUUCACUUUUUAAUCAAAAUGUGGUGAACUGCUUUUACCCACAGCCAUCAGAUGGAACAAAAGAGGUCCUCACAGCACUGCCGGUCGGAAUUGGGGUAAUAUGUAGUAUGUUGUUCGUUGUCUUCCCCACUAAACGACAUGGAAUCGGCUUCCCAGUCACAGAUGGUUAAAUCAUUUAUUCUCUCAGCACUUGAUGCAAAUGCAUAUUUUAUGUACUGAUGAUGUAAUAACUUUGAUUGCUUCAUGUCUGUGAUUCUGUUAAAUAAACUGAAAUAAACUGUAACCAUUUAUUUAUAA